AUGUCGGAGCUUCAAUCGACAGGUGAACUUCGUAUAGCAGAUCUUAAUCCUAACAUGGCUUAUCUAAAUUUUCAGCAAAAUUCUCCACAGAUUUUGAAUUUGGCCAAUACGGAAAUUGCUAAAUCAUGGGAAAAGGUGCAGAUCAACUGGAACUAUCCAGUCGAUGAUAUGACAUUAAUUAUUGAAACACCAUUUACACAAAAACGACAGCCCUAUGCAAUUUCGAUUGAUAAUGAAAGUCUCAAGAGAGGCACGUCACAUGUUUCUCGCAUCAUCGACGACGAAGAAAUCGAACUUAAUAAGGAUGGUUGCCGCAAAGUUAUAAACUGCGACUCCAAUUAUCAGAUCGUUCUCAAACUGUAUGCCACGCCAGCUGCCGCUUACCUUGCUCUCAUAAAAUACCAUGUUAUUAAAAAAUAA